UGCUGCAAAUCUCCCUCCCGAUUAGAAAGGGCGCUGUGUAAGGGGGAAGGUAAGCUGCCGCCUAGAUCUGCCACCUCGGUGGUAGGUGGAAACCGGAAGGUGACCAUAUUAGGAGGGGCGCGUAGCUGCAAGUACUCAGGACGAUUCCAUUGCAGUCAGCUGCGGGGCAGCCCUCUAUUGGAGAAAUCAUGGCGACGCGUUGGCUGCAGGGAGGAGUUUGCUGGGUACAAAGGGGAAGCAGCUAUGUCAAAACCUCCCCUUGCGCUGAGAAUGAAAUGCAAACGGCCGGAGCCUGUAUUGUUUUUAUGAGUUUGGAUUACGUGUGUUUUGUGUUGCAGAGGAGGAGUGAGCCGCGGACCGGCGAUUGAUAAAGAGCACGUCCUUGCACUGCACAGCACAGCACAGCACAGCACAGCACCACUCACGGCACCACGCUUCUCUGGAGCGAGAGCACUGCGCGCACAGAGAACGCGGGGACGGACAAAGUCCCGUUUUUGUUUAUUUUUAGAAAAGCUGCCGUGUACCCCCCCCCAAUACCAUCGCUGGUAAAGGGGUGGACUUAUUUUGUGUUUGUUGUUAUUAUUUUUAUUAUUAUUAAAGUCCACAGACUGUUUUGGGAGAAAAGGAUUGUGUGGACUGGAUUUAUUUACUGCACCACUGCACCUGAUCACACUUGGUGUCAAGAAGUGGGAUUAUAAAUGGACCCAACCGCAUUGGCAGCGCUGUUGGAGGCGCAGGAGCGGAGGCAUCAGGAAUCAUUGACGGCCAUGAUGGAAAGGAUGCAUGGCUUGUUCCUGGAGGCCAAUCGGGGGAGGGAACCGGCGGUUCAACCAGCAGUACCCCUACCAAGGGUAAGGGUAGUGAAGAUGUCGCUGGAGGAUGACCCUGAGGCUUACUUAGUUGCCUUUGAAAGGCAGGCAACAGCAGCUCAGUGGCCUCGGGAGUGGUGGGCUACCCAGUUGGGCCCCAAUUUGAUCGGAGAGGCCCAGGCAGCCUACCAAGCCUUGACACAUGAGCAAGCCCUGGUGUACGACCAGGUGAAGCAGGCCAUUCUCCAGCGGCUGGACAUCACAGAGGAGACACAUCGCCGCCGGUUCCGGGAGUACCAGCGCCCCCCAGGACUGCGACCCCGCGUGGUGGCCCAGCAACUAGUGGAUCAUGUGACCCGGUGGCUCUGCCCCGGCACCAACGAUGCAGAAAAGAUCACCGAGCUGAUUGCCAUAGAGCAGUUCGUGAAGGUGCUGGGGCCGGACACCCAGAACUGGGUCACCAGGCAUCGACCCACCACGCUAGAGGCAGCAGUCCGAUUGGCUGAGGGGUAUGAGGAUGCCUUGGCAUCAGCUCCUGUGGUCGUUACCCCCGCUCCUCCCUCCAACCGACCCCGGACAGGACCGACUCCAAGGACAGGACCCCCACAGCACUUCACCCCCUCCCCCCACGGGGCUACUUCUCAUCGGCACCCCACGGGUGGCCUUCCUCCACCCCAAUGGAGGGCGAGGUCGACCCCCAGCGGGGUGAGAGCAGAGAACCCCUCCCCACUGCCGAACCGGCAGCGGGACACGCAAGCUCCGUGGGCGCCCUUUCACCCCACGUGUUACCGGUGCCAUGAGGUCGGCCACCUUGCGCGGAAUUGUCCGGCGGCGAUGGAAUGUGGUGCGGCCUCCCAUUACCUACCAACAGCACCAGAGGAGGAGUGAGCCGCGGACCGGCGAUUGAUAAAGAGCACGUCCUUGCACUGCACAGCACAGCACAGCACAGCACAGCACCACUCACGGCACCACGCUUCUCUGGAGCGAGAGCACUGCGCGCACAGAGAACGCGGGGACGGACAAAGUCCCGUUUUUGUUUAUUUUUAGAAAAGCUGCCGUGUACCCCCCCCCAAUACCAUCGCUGGUAAAGGGGUGGACUUAUUUUGUGUUUGUUGUUAUUAUUUUUAUUAUUAUUAAAGUCCACAGACUGUUUUGGGAGAAAAGGAUUGUGUGGACUGGAUUUAUUUACUGC